AUGGCUCCGGCGGGCGGCGCGGGCGUGCGCGCGCCGCUCUCGGGCGGGCGCGGCGGAGCGUGCGCCGGCCCCUCCCGCGGCCCCGCCCCGACGGGAGGUGUGCGCCCGCCGCCCCGCGGUUCUUUGUGCGCUUCUCGGGGUGGAGUUGGCGGCGGAGGGAGGGCGCGCCCGGACCGGCCGGAGGGGGACGGCGAGCUGCGCCCCCUUCCGGAGCUCCCGCGGCCGCCUCCGAGCGCGAGGGAAGAAAGAAGGCUUUGGGGGCCGGGCCAGGGCUCACCGCCUGCCCGCCGGCCGCCGCCCGGGCCGCCCCCUGCGCAGCCACGGGCGCCGACGCCCCCCUCGGGCCCCGCGCGCGCCCCUCUUCGUUGUUCCCGGCGCCCCCGGGCUCGCCGCGUCCCCGCGCCCGGCCGGCCGGGGGCUGCGGUUCGGCAGGGCGGCCGGGGGCUGCGGUUGGCGGAGAGCGCCGGCGUCCGCGCGGCUCGGCGGGACGCGCGCGCGGGACAAUGCGGCCAUGUGGCCGCCACCGCGGACGGGCCCACGCGGGGGGCCUGCCGGUGCCGCGGGGCGAGCUCCGGGCGCACAGGCGGAGGCUCCCGGGUGUUCUCUCCCUGCGUAAGCCCGGGAGGAGCGCGAGCGCCCGGGCCCCGGUGUGCCAUGCGUGAAAGGAGGGGGCAGGUCGUACCUGCCCCGGCCACUUCGUGGGUUCGGAGAAUUGAGUGUGACAGUAGAUGCGAGCGCGCUCGGGAAUCAGUGGGCAGUGCCCCAAACGCCUUUACUUUUGAGCACGGGAAGGUGUUCCCUUCUUGCUCACCUGGAGCUGUCUUGGAGGAGAGAUCUGUACCCGGCCGUAACUGCAGGUGUUCAAUGAAAUCACACAUCUGAGUCCACUUGGAGGAUAAGCUCAAACUCCGACCCGACGAAUUCAUGGAGAGCUGCCUGUGGUCAGGUGC